CGUAAACAACAGAGUACCCGGAGUCUUUGCUUUCUGUUUAUUUUUUAUCAAGUAUUUGCUUUUUGGCCUUUAUAUUCGCUUCGUUGGGGACGAAGUACCACUUGGCAUCAAAAGGAAAAAAGCAUUGAGGACUACAUAAGUCAACUUAAAAUCGCCUCUUUUGAAACCGAAAAACACACUUUAGGGUGGCACAAGUAGGGUUUUUGGCAACGUUCCGUAUACCCAACCUCCUUUGCUACCAAACAGACCUGCUCCAAAGAAAACAAAAACAUAGUAAUGAGCUGUAAUUAUGCCGAUGGCCUGUCACCCUAUGAAAACAAAGGAGUAUUGGGCAUUGCCGAAAAAUUUGAUAGUGCCGAGGAAAUCGAGAAGAAAAUCAAUCAAAUAAUUGAAAUGUUGGAAACUUCCAAGCAUGUUGUUGUACAUACCGGAGCGGGUAUAUCAACUACUGCGGGAAUUCCGGAUUUUCGUGGUCCCAAAGGUGUCUGGACUUUGGAGGAAAAAGGUGAGAAGCCUAAUUUAAAUAUAUCAUUCAACGAUGCUGUACCCACUGUUACACAUAUGGCAUUACGUUGCCUGGUGGAAAAAGGCUAUGUCCAAUAUAUUGUCUCACAAAAUAUUGAUGGGCUACAUUUGAAAUCGGGUUUAGCGCGACGUUAUCUAUCCGAAUUACAUGGUAAUAUGUUUAUCGAACAAUGUAACAAAUGUCGUCGACAAUUUGUUCGGACGACGGCUGCCGAAACUGUUGGCCAAAAACCAUGUGGUGGAGCUUGUCGGCGUUCAUGUCGUGGUGGCAUACUUUUGGACAAUAUCUUAGACUGGGAACAUGAUUUGCCCGAAAGGGACUUAGAUUUGGCAUUUAUGCAUUCCACUUUGGCCGAUUUAAAUAUUACCCUGGGCACAACCCUUCAAAUCAUUCCAAGUGGCAAUUUACCCUUAAAAAAUAAAAAGCACAAUGGAAAGCUGGUUAUAUGCAAUUUGCAACCAACCAAACAUGACAAAAAAGCCGAUCUUAUUAUACACACCUAUGUUGAUGAUAUCCUUAGUAAAAUUUGCAAACGUUUGGGUUUAGAAAUACCCAACUACAGUCACGAUGAGGAUCCCACCAAGUCACCAAAUGACGAUAAUCAAGAAUGGACUAUUCCCGCGCAACAAGUUAAAGAAAUUGAAAAGUUGUAUAAUGCCAAACAGAAAGCUGCAUCAGCCCAACGUAAGGCAGGCAAAACACAAUUUACAUUCUUUACAAAGAAAGAACCCGUAAUCUCCAAAAAGAAGCGCAAAGCUGAAGAUGCAGCAGAUAGUGACGAUGGCAUAGAAAGAAAAGUGAAAAAUGAAAAGUAAACAUAGCAUAAACGUAUCUCAAUUAUGAUAUAAAGUAUUAGGUGUAGAGUAAAGUCUUCUUAUCUAAGAGAAAUUCAUUUUGUAUGCAUUUUUCUAACUAUACUAUAGUUAUAUGUCUCUCUUUAUAUAAUGUAUGUGUAUGUAUAUUUGAUUUAUUUUUAAUUUUAAGUACAUAAUUGAACUGAUGUUAUAUUUUUUAAUGAUAAAAA